GCUUACCUUUGUACUACCCAGGUGCCCGUAUUCCGCUCAAUAUGAAGUUCUUCGCUGUUGCUGUCGCCCUGUUGCCCGCACUUGGGUCAGCACAUACAAUUGCUCAGCGCGUCAGGAUUAACGGACAGGACCUUGGUCAAGGCAAUGGUAUCCGCGUUGCGCCUUCCAACAACCCCAUCACGAACGUCAAUGAUGGUAACAUUGCUUGCAAUUCUGGUGCUUCUUCCUCCAGCAAGGUCAUUGACGUCAAGCCUGGAGACAGGGUUGGUGUUAACUGGGGUCAUGUUGUCGGCGGAGCACAAUUCGCAAACGAUCCCGACCACCCAAUCGCCAAAUCUCACAAGGGUCCGGCUAUCUUCUACAUGGCAAAGGUCUCAAAUGCUGCCUCUGCCUCCCCCUCUGGCCUCCAAUGGUUCAAAGUCUCUGAAGACGGCCUCGACAGCUCGGGGAACUGGGGUGUCGACAGAAUGAUAAACAAUGGUGGAUGGACGGAGAUGACAAUGCCAUCUUGUGUUGCGCCCGGUCAGUAUCUUCUCAGGGCUGAGAUGAUCGCAUUGCACAGUGCUAGCACGACUGGUGGUGCGCAAUUCUACAUGGGCUGCGCGCAGAUUAACGUCUCCGGAUCGGGAUCGAAGAUCGGAAAUACGGUCAGCUUCCCUGGUGCCUACAAGGCGGAUGAUGCAGGGAUCAAACUCAGCAUCUAUAAUGCUCAGGGUCAGCCCAAGGGAAACGGAACGCCAUACAAGAUUCCUGGCCCUGCGGUGCUGCAAUGCUAGGAAGUGUGAGAAUGGGGGGUUGGUAUUCUGGGGAGGAUUGGAGGUAACGUUGGGACUUUGGUUGAUCAAUGGAGACUUAAGACCCUAAUGUAGCGUCCCGGGUGGCAUUUGGGCGGGUUUCGCGAGCAUCUUCAUACCUAAGUAGCUUUCUACGUAUACACGGUUUAGAAAUGUUGAGAGAGUUUCAUAGGCGACAGGAUAGUAAUGCCCAAUUCGUAUCUCCCUGGGGGAACGCCGUUGUGCGAUGGUGUUGUGUAUU